CUGGUGACCGGAAAUAAACAUUGCAGAACAAGAGCAGGGAAGUCGGCUGCUGCUGAUGCUUGUAGAUAAUGACAGUUAAAGACGGGGGAAGUGUGAAAUGACAGUCAACUUGAAAUAUACAAGUGAUGACAAGUGUGGUGAGAGCAGCUGACCCGCCCUCGACCCUGGCCAGAGAUGACCGCAUUGACAGUAUGGAGGAUGAAGAGGCGUACUCUAUAAUGAUGACACUACAGCGAUCUCUCAAUGAGGACCUCUUACUGUUGACGCUGAUCAAAGUCAAGGAGAACCUUGAAAAUAGUAGCGUGAUUAAGGGGUUGCUAUGCAGGAAUGUGGACAAACAUGUUGUAAAGAUCAUGAAUGAGUUUCCAUCCAGCGCUGAGAUUCAGAAGGUUGGAUUAGAGCUUUUAGGUGCCUUUAUUGAAGAGCCAUAUGAUGUUGGUGAAGAAACCCAUAAUUCAGAUGCUGCAUACAGAAUGUUGCUGAAAACUAUAACAGAAUUUGCAAGGGAUGAAGAGAUACAAGAGAAGGGGCUGAAAAUACUAAGCCGACUGUUGGAAUCAGAGAACUUGAGGAACAAUUUAUUGGUAGAUGACCUCUUUGGAACUAUUGUUGACCAAUCACUGAUCUCCAUGCAAAUGUAUUUUUCGAAUCCCAAUAUUCAGAGAUACAGCAGUCUGAUACUAUAUUUCAUUCUCGAUGAAGAUAUGGACUUACUGAAUGCCUUCAUCGAGGAAAAACUAGAGAUGUUCAUAAAAAAUAUGAAAGAGUUCCUCUCAGAGCCUGCUGUCCUAGCACCGAUGUUCAGAGUUCUGGAGAUAGUAGCAUGUGCUGAGGGACAUGUCCACACUCUUCUGUCCCACCAAAUAGACAGGUGUGUGAUGGACUCCCUGCUCAGCACACCGGACGAUCUGCCCGUCGUGGAGGCAGCCUGUGACUUACUCAUGCAACUCAAGAGAGAAAGGGUAGUGCAAGACACUUUGUGUUCCACAAAUUUUCUGUCCAAUACUGUAGUCCCACUGAUGGUUGCUCACCCUACCAAUGCAUCAAUAGUGUCAGCGGGGCUUCAGCUGUUUUGUGUGCUUUAUGAGAAUGUGUUUGCUGAUAAAACAGAGGAGGAAGAAUCUCAACUGGGCACACAAUGGUGUGAGCUCAUUUUUAGUGCCAUGCUGAAACUGAUGGAUAAAAGAAGUAUACAGAUCCUGGGUUGUAAAGCCAUCACAGAGCUGUUGAAGGUUUGCCCCAGAGCUCAUAGUCAAAUCGGAGAAAACAUAGUAAACAACAUAAAGCAAUCUCCACUUCACUCCAUCUGUGUUGGAAGCAUCCUGAAGUACAGAAGAAGUAAUGAUGUAUUUGCCUGUGCUUGUGAGGCUUUGUACUGGCUGGCAGCUGAUAAUGAACAAAUCUGUGAGAAUCUUAUAGAAAAGAAUGCUCACUUGGUGGUGUUAGACGGAAUAAAGCGACAUUUCACCUGGGCUAGGGCUGUGGAGUGUGGCCUGCGAGGUCUCAGAGCCAUGAUCAUCUUCCAUAAUGCCAAUAAAUUAAAAAUCAUUGUGGAGGAAAUUCAGAGAAAAUUAACCCAGGCCUUUAUCAUGCAUGCUCAUUUGGACAGUGUGAUUAUCGAGUGCAUUAGUACUGUAGCCUGCCUAGCUGAAGUGGAAAUAUUCUGUAACCAAUGUCUGGUGGAGAAGCUGCAUGUUCGUAUUUUGGCUGCCCUGGAGAAAUCAAUUGGAAAUGAGUUGAUGCAGGAAGCGGGACUGGAAUGUCUGUGUGUACUGUCAGCAGCAGAUAGAGCAGCAGAAAUUCUGAAUGCAGCUGGUGCUUUGAAUCAUGUAAUUAAAAUCAUGGAAAAAUACAUUGCAGUGUUAUACAUCCAGAGAAAGGGUCUGGUACUGAUCCAGAUGCUGGGUGAGCCAUCGAUCGUUGAUAAACUUGAUCUCUGCUUUCGUCUCAUCAAAGUCCUUACCUCUACCAUAGACAAGUACAACUCUCAUACAGGACUUCUGAAGGAGGCUUGUGUUGCAGUCCACUUGAUUUCAGAACUUGGCCAUGAUUUAUGUGAUGAAUUUGUGAAGGCAGGCUGUCAUCAGCAGAUGUUUGACCUCCUGGCAGAACACAUAGACCAAGGAGGUACGGAAAGGACAGAUUUGUUAGACCUGGCAGGAGAAUGCCUGGUGAUCUUUGGCCUUAACGAAACUGUGAAAUCAAACAUGCUUCUUGCUGAGUGUAGGAGAGGAAACCUAGCUGGUGUUCAGUGUUUGCUGGAGAUGGAGGCCAACGUGAACUUUGUGAACCGUGAUGGAGAAACUCCUUUAUCCUGUGCAGUUAAAAAUGGAAAUGAAUUUAUCGUCAGGAGACUGCUGAGCAAAGGUGUCAAUGACAUUAAGGAUGCCCUUGGAAUCAGUUUGCAAGUGAGGCACCACAGAAUCACAGGAUUGUUACUGGGAGCUCUCUGUCACAAGCGAUCAAGUUUUCAUGUACCAUGGAGUGGAUUGGGACUGGGCUUAGCUGACUUUAGCUCCGUGUGGCUGGAGAUGGCCCUGCCUACGUCUCUGACAGCAGAAAAACAGAUGUCGACGAGAAGCAGUGAAAAUUCUCUGUCUGACAGCUCCUGGAAACACAUUACAUCUCGUGUCAAAGAGAGUGAGGCCAAGCGGCGGAGAAGGAAGGAGAACCAGUAUCAGCAUUCACUGAGUGAACCUAGCACCGGGGUGCACAGACACAAGUUUAGAUACAACUUCAAACAGAGCUACGAGGAUCUAACAGGGUUGGAUAGCCCAGAAGAAAAAGAGAUCCGUCGUCGCCGAUCCAGUCCUGACGAUGUUCCCCGGAGUCAUGAAGUUAUCUACAGCAGGAGACAACUGUCCCCCAUAGGGAGCCCCGUCAGCAGCUUCCUCUCCCCCGAGGAGUCACAGACACCAUUCUUUCCCCUCAACACCACUACUGAGAAUGAACAAAAAUCAUGGCUGUUUGAAAGUUCCCAUGCAGAGGGACAGGAAUGGAAGCAGAUGUCUCUGACGGGAGCCAACCUUCCCUACAGCCAGUCUGACCCCAGGGUCAGCCCAUUCACACACAGCAGACCAGUACUACUUAACGGGCCAUGGUCUAGGAAGAUGAGGAGUCCCUCUCCGUCCCUGACCAGUCCAAACUUGGACUUCACAGGAGACGAUGUCUUCUUACCCGAGAGGCAGAAACAUCUAGGCCCUACAAGUGACGGGGAGUCCAGUGAUAUCGGACGUUACAUGUCAGCUGACGAUCUGGAUGCUACUGCUGAGUCUGAUGAUUCCAGGAGGGAAAGCAAAGCAUCAGAUUUGGGCCUGUUGGUUUCCUUGGAUCUCUCAUCGAAUCAGCUCAGCUCCCUCAGUCCUCUCACACACUCCAAGGAUGACCUCCCCAAGUUUUUCUCCUCAGUAGAAAAACUUGCUCUCAAUGAUAAUCUACUGACAGCCAUUCCAGACAAAUUCUUUGAAUCAAUGGAGAACCUGCAUUGUGUAGACCUUAGGAAGAACAAACUGCCCAGGUUUCCGGUAGAGGUCCUGUUGUUUUGUCCAGCUUUAACUUCCCUGAACCUUGCACACAAUGAGAUUACAGACUGGGACCUGAAUGGUCAUGUGCUGUCAAACCUGACAGAGCUGAACCUAAACCACAAUGCUCUGUCCUACAUCCCAGACAAUAUUGGUACUGUCUUCCCUAAUCUGGAGGUGCUUCAAAUCAACAGCAACAAUCUGGACGGUCUGAGUGACGAGACUCCACUAGGACUUGUCAAUUUGAAGAAACUGGAGCUGAAUCAAAACAACCUGGUAGAAAUUCCGGAGUAUUUCUUGUCUGAAUGUUCCAAACUAGACAUAUUUGAGGCUGCUUUUAAUAAAAUAGAGAGGCUUCCCAGCGAGUCUGCUGCCCAGUACCUGCCUAGAUUAGCCCGUCUGAAACUUCGCAGUAACAACAUCAGCGGGAAAGACCCACUGUUCAUCCCCAAGUUUAUACUGGAUCUCCCUACGUUAAAGUUCAUAGAUCUUUCCGAUAAUAAGCUGAUUGGUCUACCUAACCCACCGUCCUGGAAAUCUCAAAUGUUGAAAGAAGUUCUGAUGUCCAAGAACCAGAUAUCAAAGAUAAAUCUGGAAGGAGGAAGAGUGUGGAGUAAGCUGGAAUCACUACACCUGUCUAACAAUGGUCUGAUGGAGAUCCCAGGAGACAUUGGCCAGCUGAACUCGUUAACGUCUCUAGAUAUCAGUCACAAUCCUUUGUCCACGCUGCCUGAUGAACUCGGAAAAUGUCACAAGAUGUGGGAGCUUCCAUUACAUGGCCUUCACCUUGACCUGGAUCCUGCGCUGUUGAAGGGCAAGGUUAAAGACCUUAUCAUGUAUCUCCACAAUCGACUCAAAAGGGCGACGGAAUACUACAGGAUGAAGCUGAUGGUAAUUGGGUAUGCCGGGAGAGGGAAAACUACCCUACUGAGGGCACUGAUGAAGAAAUACAAGACCCCCCACACGAAUCAGGCAACCGUCGGCGUCAUUGUUCAGGACUGGAAGUAUGAGAGAAAACGUGAAAACAGGGGAACAGUGACUUACACUCUGAGCACCUGGGACUUCGCCGGCCAGGAGGAGUUCUACAGCACACACCAGUGUUACUUAUCCAACAGAGCCCUCUAUCUGGUUGUGUGUAACAUAAAGGAAGGGUCGUCGGAGAUCGAACGACUGAAGCCGUGGCUGUGUAAUAUACAGGCCAGAGCCCCGGGGUGUCCUGUCAUUGUCGUGAUGACUCACCUAGACAAAGUCCCGGAGGAAAAACGGAUGGAGCUGGUGGAUAUCAUGACUGACAGACUAAAUCAUGUCAUUUCUAAAGGAGGAUACCCAGAAGUGAGGCACUGCGUACCGGUGAUGUGCAACAGUGAAAACUGGACGAUAGAACAGCUGAGAGAAAUCAUUAAGAGAGUGGUAGAUGAUUACAAGGUCAGGGGCCAGUUUGUGAUGGGACAGAAAGUUCCUGCCAGUUAUGUGAAAUUAGCGGACCUGCUGACUGAAACAAGGAGGAUGGAGCAGUCGUUCCCGGUGAUGAAACACAACCAGCUGCUGAAGAUCGUACAGGAUGCUGCCCUGGAUCUAGAUGAAGAUGAACUUCACCAGGCUGUGAGGUUCCUUCAUGAGUGUGGUGUACUGCUACAUUACCCUGACAAGGCUCUAAACUUGAGGGACCUUUACUUCAUUGACCCGGGCUGGUUGUGUAGGAUGAUGGCUCAAGUGGUCACUGUGCAUCAAAUCAACCCAUUCAUCAAAAACGGGAUCUUGAGGAAAAAAGAUGUGAACUUGCUGUUUACCGGGAAGAGAGUAGAGAACUUUGUAUUUCCCAAGGACCUCAUUCCACAGUAUCUAAGGCUUCUGGAAAAGUUUGAGAUUGCUCUUCCAUACUCUGAGGAGGAACUUCUAAUUCCAUGUCACCUGCCUGAAAAGAAACCUCAUCUUAAUAUUCCAGUAUUGUCUAAAAAUGACAAGAUCUGCCGUUACUAUGUAAUGGCCUACAUCCCCCUGGGAAUGUGGUCCCGACUCAUCACUAGACUCAUUGUCUUUUCUCAAAGUCAGGUGACAGAGGUGUUGAUUGGAGGACAUGAACCCACGUUAACCUACUGGAACAAAGGCAUCUUCAUGUUCUGGAGUCAGGAGACAUUCUGUUUAGUGGAUUCGGAGGGUAUUACAGGAAACAAGGAGGAAAUAGCCAUUACUGUGCCCAUUUCCAGACAAGGGAGCAUGAUUCUAGGACUGGUAGUGGACCACAUAGAUGGACUGAUUGAGGAGUGGUACCCAGGUCUGACAACCAUUGACCCCAUGCAGGGACAAGACCUGCUGGUCAAAUUCAUCCCUUGUUUUAUGUGCACAGGGGACCCACCACAUUUCUUCAAAGUCGAGGAACUGUUACAGAUAUCAGAAACCAGCAUUAAUGUGACCUGUAUCCAAUGUAAUAACCCGGUGCCUCUCUCACAACUCGCCCCAGAUAUUGUGAUGAGUGAUCUCCCUCCACAUUUACUGAUCAGAAAGUUAAACAUCCAGGAAAAAGCUGAGAACCUGUUAGGAGAUGGUGGUUUUGGUAAUGUUUACCAGAUGAAACAUCAGGGACAGGAUACUGCUGUCAAGAUAUUCUCUGCCAUCGGAGACAUCCAUCCUCACAAAAUGCUCAGACAAGAGGUGACAGUCUUAAGAUGCCUGAAUCAUCCCAGUGUUGUCUCCCUUUUGGGAGUUUCCAUUCAACCUCGAUCCAUUGUGUUAGAAUUAGCUCCCCUGGGUUCCAUGGCAACAGUACUGAGAGGGAAAUCUCCACUAGAUAAAAUGGUGCAGCACCGGAUAGCUCUGCAGGUUACAGAGGGCUUGGCCUACCUACACAAAAUGUUGAUUGUAUACAGAGACAUGAAGCCUGACAACGUCCUCAUAUACAGUCUGUCAUUGUCCGAGGUGGUGAAUGCUAAGAUAUCAGACUAUGGAAUUUCUCGUUUUUCCACACCUGACGGUCUGAUGGCUCAGGAAGGAACGCCAGCAUACAGGGCGCCAGAGGUCAUCCGCGGAGAAACGUACUCCUUCAAGGCUGAUGUCUUUUCUCUGGGAAUAACGCUGUACGCUCUGAUCACUGGAGGACGACACCCAUUCGAUGACUACGAUUUUAAAAGCGAGAUGGAUCGAGUCAUUGCCGAGGGUCAUCUGGCCCCACCCAUAACACAGAAAGGUUGUGUACCAUGGCCCCACAUGCAGAACAUCAUUACAUGUUGUAUGCAUCAGUCCCCGCACAGACGACCGGCUUCUCACGAAGUUUGGGAGCAUUUGAAGGAUCCAGAAAUCUUAGGGUUGAAGAGAAUCAUCCCCAUAUCUAAAGGCACGACUGUAGAAUGCUUCACAAUUCAGGAGCAGGACGGUGGUAAGAUGUAUUUGUGGGUGGCCAGCGGGGACUGUGAUUAUGUACAGCUUUCCAGACUAGACUUAAUGGAUCACGCUUCAGAGGUCAAGGGAGCCAUGUUUCGGUAUGGGCGGAUCCUAGCCUUGCAGCCUAUAAGCCAGGGCUAUCUAUUGGUCGGGACACAGAUGUGCCGGGUCUGGCUGUACGACACGCUCCGACACGAGUUUCUUCACUGUACUACACUAUUGCAUGAUGCCGUCCUGUGUAUGGCAAGUGUUCAUCUACCAAAGAAAGACAACCUGAUAUUUGUGGGUCUUGCUAAUGGUACAUUGGCAGUCUUCCCAGAGUCAGACAUACUCUGUGAAGCCAACACUAAUCCUAUGUUCCUCUCCCCGGGGAGGAAGCACGAGGCAGUGCGGUGUCUAGAGGUGGAGGCCCGAGGGAAGAGGGUGUAUUGCUCCUGUGGGUCGAAGAUUAUACUCCUGAGUGUCAGGCGAGGAAUAGCCCUGGAAAAAUCCUUUGAGACCAGAAAGGACGGUAGGUCUGUGCCAAUCUAUGGUCUGUGUGUGAGCAGUAAGUCCCAGGUGUUUGUCUGUCACAAAGGAUUACCUGUCAUACAGGUAUGGGACAUCUCCAGGGAAACACUCAAAGCCCAGAUUGACGUCUCCUUUCUAAUAGGAUUGAAGCCCACACAGUGUAGACUUACCUCCCUUCUUCUUCAAGACAAUCACGGAAUGGAAGAUAUGACUCAUGGGAUAUUAUGGGCUGGGACUGGAGAUGGCAGAAUAGUAUUGAUUGACAGUAAAUCCGGGAAACUGAUAAACGUCUCUCACAGAUAUGAUGGAGCUAUACGUGCAUUGAAAACGUCUCCAUGUAAAAGUAGCAAGCAUGAUAAACAGAAAUUAUCAGGUGUGCUGAGUGGUGGAUUUGGUUUACAUGAUAUCCAUGGGAAUUUCAAGACAAAAAACAGAGAUGAUGAUUGUGGCUGUGUAUUGCUGUGGGAUAGAGAAUUUGGGAAAAUCACCAAGGAACUAGAGGUGGACAUCAAAAGACGAUCCAUGUAUGUAAAAGCAUCACAAGAGCGAAAGCUGAGCCAAUCACAGGAGAGCAUUCACAGCAGACCUCUGUUAGGAUACAGCAAUAGCAAUCAAUCGCUGUUAGACUCUCAGGACGUGAAUACAGAGGAAAAUAACACAUUUCCUUCAGGUCAAAAUGGUACCCAGAAUCCGCAAUCUUCCCCUGAAAAUGAAAUGUUUGAUUCAUUGUGAGAUUUAAGAACUGAUGUCGAGAGACCUUUAGUGAUGAGGUUACAUUUAUCUACAAUUGUUAUAGAGAGGUACAGUGUAGGAUGGAUUCUGUAAGUUCUCGUGUAUUAAUGCAUGGACAAGAUUCAUAGUGCCAUCUCUGCUGUUGGUUACAGAAAAUGAAUGUCUUUCAUCAAAAUUAUUAGGGAGAAAGAUAUAGUGUAAUUAUCUUGUUGAGAAAUAAUGAAACCACCUCUGGGGCUUGGAGCUCAGACUCCUCCAGAUCAAGUUACUGUGAUAUGAUGCAUAUUAAUGAGAAGGAUGUGUCACCACUCAAAACUAGGUCACGGUUACCAAGGCUUGAAUAAUGAAUAUAUGUAUACUGUGAGGUGUAUGAUCAUUAGAGGAACUGAUUCACGAUUUUCUCUCAAAUUUUGUUUUUCACUUUAAAUUAUCAAAAUCUACAGUCUAAUAUGUUUAGAAGGUUUCACAAAAAAAAUUAGGUUAUUCAUCAUGACAGAGGCUCAUUAUAGAGAAUUUAUUGUUUGUUAUGAAAACAAAGAUUGAGGUGUGUUAUUGUUUACAAAGUUUUCUUAAUAAAUGGAUAUUAAUCCAAGUUUAUUAUAUAUAUGACCUCACAAGUAUACUGUAGGUAAAAUGUGUCAUUUAAAAGUUCAAAUUUGUGAUUGUACAAAAUGAAGAUGCUUUAAAUUACAAAAUUGACAUUUCACUGGUUUGUUUUUUGAGUCUUUGAUUACAUAACACACAGAAUCAAAGUUAAAAUAUUGCUCUUAUCCAUGCAUUCAGUCAGUCCAAAUUUGGUUGUCAACAUAAAUUAGUUAUAAUUUUAAUUUUUAACAUAAAAAAUGAAAAAUAUUUCUUUCUAUAAAUUUAAACCAGUCCCUUGAAGCUCUUCAAGUGAUGCAUACAUAUAUAUAUAUAUAUAUAUAUUUAUAUAUAUUUAUUUAUAUUAUUAUGAUGUUAACUGAUGGGUUUUUUUAAGGCAAUUUUUGUUGAUUUUAAAUGUCCUACCGGUAAUCAUGUUUCAUUAUUAUCUUUGCUGUUUCAGAAUUGACUUACAUAUGUAAUUCUAGUAAUGUUAGCAGAAGCAGAUUGAUAUUUUGUUUAUGAAAUACCAACACUGUAGUUUUAUUUUUAGAUAAAAAUGUGUAUGAUUCAAAUUGUGAUAUUGCUUCCUGCAUCAUUUUGAAUAUAUGUAUGCUAUGAAUUAUGUUGAUUUGGAUUGUUAGCAAUGCUGACAGUGUAAUGUUUAUGUAUAAGCCUGUCUUUAGACGGGGCGUAUUGUGGUACAGUGAUGUCUGUACACCCAUCCGUUCAGGGUUUUUUCUGUAACAUAUCGAGCUGAAACUUGCCGUGUAGAUUCUUUGUGGGUCUUACUAGAUCAUGUUGCAAUUUUGAUCCAUUUCGACGUCCCUUGCAAGAGUUUUUCCCCUUUAUUUGAAAUUUAAUGUUAUAUGGAGGGUACAUGAUUUGUCUGUCUAACUCCUCCCACAGUAUUCAGUGAAGGCCUUAUUUUACAGAGUGUUUGUAUGGAUAAUGAAGAUUUGCAUGUGGCAAGGGUUUUGAUUUUCUUUAAUGUUUGAGAAAAUUUUAAGUUGAACUUAGUACGUUUUGAGCAAAUAUUACAAGCAAGUACAUGGUUUGUCUGCCUCACUCCUUUCACAGUUUUCAGACCUUUUUAAACAACUAUAAGAUGUGCAUAUUGCAGGGAUUUUGAUUCUCAACAAUUUCUGAAAAGUUUAUUUGAUGCUUUAAAAAAAAUAACAGGUUGUUGAACUUUGAGUUUUGGGGAAAUAUUUUGUACAUAUAGCUCUUGGUUUGUCUAUUUACCUACUAUUUAAGCUAGGACUUUAUAUAUAUACAUACAAUGCAAAAGAAAGCAUGCUACAGCUUAUGGUGGCUGAUAUUACGUUCAGUAAAGUUCUACAACUCAUGACGCUACAUAAGCUUGUCACAGGUAUUUUGUGACCGUGUCCAGUAAUGCUCACAUUGCUUAUUGAAAUUUUAAUCUGUGCUGUAAUAUGGAUACAACAUGUGGGAAAGUUUGAAUUACAAAUUAUCAUAAAGGACCCAUAUGUCAGAGACAUAAAUGAUUUUAUACUGUAUUCAAUCACAAUAUCUUUUUAUGUAUUUUUCUUUUUCUUUGAAUAAUUUUUACAUACAUGUACAUGAAAUAAAGUGUUCAGCUAGAACAUGAGACAUGUUGUUCAGAAAUCCGGACAUUUGAACUCCCAACUAGAUAUUAUGGUUUAGUAAAGCCAUUAAAUACAAAAUUAGGUCAUUAGGACCUAUUUUUGGCCAUGAUACUAUGCUAUUAACAAUAAACAUACAUAUAUAAAUGUAAUUUAAUCAACUUACGGGUUUUGGAAAUAUAUACAUUGUAAGUGCAAUAUAUUCUGUACAGUAUAUUGAAACAGAGGAUCCAUUUCAUUUGAUGGUAAUCAUAUAUUGAAAUCCAGGGCUUUUCUUUCAAUUAUAUAAUGUUCUGUAUAUCGUAAAUAUUUGAACUAUUUGAUUUUUUCUCUCGUUGUUACAUGUAUGUUAAAUUUGCAGCUUGAAAUCUGAAAUCCAAUUUUAUAUGAUGUAUUUUAUUUUAUGUUCAUCCCAAUUUCAGAGAAACAUUUGUGUAAAAUAAAUAUUUUGUAUUGAAAAGGGUGUUUUAUUUCCAUUGUGGAUCAUCUUUCAUCAAAAUCCAGGUCUUCUAGAUAAUAUUAUGUGUAUUGUAAAUGUUUGAACUAUUUAUUGUUAUUAUGUCCAUGUUACAGCUUGAAGAAGUGCUAUUACUGAAAUACAACUUUGUAUGUUAAUCCUAAUUCCUGAGAAUAAAUAAAAUUCAAAGUCUAUGGACAGCAA